CGGACCACAGGCUGGGCGUGGGCCUAACGCCUUGGGCUGGGCCCGCCCCCGCCGCUCCAUUGGUCACAUCUGUGCUGAAAAGGCCCGGCGGUCCGGGGGUGUCCACAGUGUCACUUGGGCCAACGGGGGGCGCUGGCUGUGCAGCUGCUGGGACUGGCCUGGCAAAGUAGGCGGCAGUUCAGGGCCGCGGGAAACCUGUGCAGCCUUCCAGGCAUCUCCUGCCUCGCUCCUCACCCACUCUGACAGGGUCGGGGGAGGCGCGUGUCCGGCGGAGGGUAGCGGGGCGCCGGGCAGGGCCGGAGAGCCAUGAGCAGCCCGGACGCGGGAUACGCCAGUGACGACCAGAGCCAGCCCCGGAGCGCGCUGCCCGCGGUGAUGGCCGGGCUGGGCCCCUGUCCCUGGGCCGAGUCUCUGAGUCCCCUCGGGGACGUGAAGGCGAAGGGCGAGACGGCGGCGAGCAGCGGAGCGGCGGCCGGAGCCGCGGGCCGAGCCAAGGGCGAGUCCCGCAUCCGGCGACCGAUGAACGCCUUCAUGGUGUGGGCAAAGGACGAACGCAAGCGGCUAGCACAGCAGAACCCGGACCUACACAAUGCCGAGCUGAGCAAGAUGCUGGGCAAGUCGUGGAAGGCACUGACGCUGGCGGAAAAGCGGCCGUUCGUGGAGGAGGCCGAACGGCUGCGCGUGCAGCACAUGCAGGACCACCCCAACUACAAGUACCGGCCCCGGAGGCGCAAGCAGGUGAAGCGGCUGAAGCGGGUGGAGGGAGGCUUCCUGCACGGCCUCGCCGAGCCGCAGGCCGCAGCUAUGGGCCCCGAGACCGGCCGCGUGGCCAUGGACGGCCUGGGCCUGCCCUUCCCGGAGCAGGGCUUCCCCGCCGGCCCACCACUGCUACCCCCGCACAUGGGCGGCCACUACCGCGACUGCCAGGGCCUGGGCGCGCCCCCGCUCGACGGCUACCCGCUGCCCACGCCAGACACGUCCCCGCUGGACGGCGUAGAGCCCGACCCGGCCUUCUUCGCCGCCCCGCUGCCCGGGGACUGCCCGGGGGCCGGCACCUACAGCUACGCUCAGGUCUCGGACUACGCAGUGGCCGCGGAGCCGCCAGCUCCGGUGCACCCCCGGCUUGGCCCCGAGUCGGCGGGCCCCGCCAUGCCGGGCCUCCUGGCGCCCCCCAGCGCCCUGCACAUGUACUACGGCGGCAUGGGCUCGCCCUCGGUGGGCGGCGGGCGCAGUUUCCAGAUGCAGCCGCCCCCGCAGCAACAGCAGCCGCAGCAGCACCCGCACCCGCCGGGCCCGGGUCAGCCGUCCCCGCCUCCCGAGGCGCUGCCCUGCCGCGACGGCGCGGACCCAAGCCAGCCCGCCGAGCUCCUUGGGGAGGUGGACCGCACGGAAUUUGAACAGUAUCUCCAUUAUGUGUGCAAACCAGAUCUAGGGCUCCCCUACCAGGGACAUGACUCCAAUGUGAACCUCUCCGACAGCCACGGGGCCCUCUCGUCCGUGGUGUCGGACGCCAGCUCUGCAGUUUACUACUGCAACUACCCAGACGUCUGACCGGUCCCCAGCCCCGGGCCUCCCGGCCAGAAGCACAGUGUUACACACUUCCUGGAGGACUGAAGGAAAUCCUAGGUCUCGUGUCGUUUCAUUUUGUUUUGAAGUUGCCUUGGCAUAUAAUUUAUGGUAAUUUAUUUUGCCACUUGAACAGUUGGGGGGAAAGUGGAAUGAUCUGUCUUGUCCAAAAAAAUUCGUUCAGAGACUUGUUCCUUUGCGUUCUCCAAGACCCAUUUCCAAGUUCAAAUUACCCAGUUUUGAAACUGUCGCCAAACAACUUGUUCCAUUUCCUGAAAACGUGUUGAUCAAAGUAAUCCUGUCUUGGGUGUGGUUGGUUCCCCUCCCCCUCACUCUUUUAAGAAAUAAAACAGAAUUCUGCGUGCUCACUCUACUAGUGCCUCAGACACAGCGCUUUUUUUUUCGUCGCACCCCGGUUUUUUUUGGAAAUAUCUGUGUUUAAGUAUGAAUAGAAUUAGAACUACAGUUAACUAGAAAUUUCUUUCUCAUGUACAGCUAACCAUUUCAAGAAGAAACCUUAACAGUGAGUACUGGGGUAUCUGAUAUGGUAGGUGGCCAGCCUCCUAGAUGAACCUAAUUGCGAAUGGUUUUUGUAAGGUCAUGGUAAAUUUUGACAGGGUAACUACUUCCAUUCUAGCAUUCCACUAGAAUCAUAAUCUUGAACCUGCCUCAGAAGACUUGUUGGAUUUUUUCCUGCUUCUCUCAUUUUCCACCCACAGUCCUUAUGCUCUCAACACUGAACUUGCUUUCCAUUCUCACAUGUUUACACUUAGGGAAGUGGUGUUGCUGGGUGACAAACAUCAUAGGAGCUAAUCAAA